AUGUUAGAGCUGUCACCUCCAGACUGUGACGUCAGCUCUGUACUCGGAGAAGUCACUAAAGAAGAGGGCAUCACCAAGCCCGCUAUCCGCCGUCUGGCUCGCCGCGGCGGUGUGAAGCGUAUCUCCGGUCUGAUCUACGAGGAGACCCGCGGAGUGCUCAAGGUUUUCCUGGAGAACGUGAUCCGUGACGCCGUCACCUACACCGAGCACGCCAAGAGGAAGACCGUGACCGCCAUGGACGUGGUGUACGCCCUGAAGCGACAGGGCCGCACCCUGUACGGCUUCGGAGGUUAA